AUUUUUGUAACUCAUUCAACAGUUCAUUGUUGGCAAGAAGGGUGCAGUUGGGUUGACGUAUGAACACACUCCAGCUGAGGGACCUCCAGUAGCUAACCUGAUGGACCAUAUCAUGGAUGUUGUGACGUCAGGAAGAGAUGGGUCAGAGAAUGACAUGAAUGACACAAAACCUCCAGCAGUAGAACUCUCUAGACCUCAACGUUUGAUGUUUAAUAUUUGUGCUGAGGUUAAGCAAGACACUGAAGAUGCUAAAGUUGCUCUAGAAAGUCUGGUUGGUGACCUAGAGAUGACUUGUUUCAAAUUUUCUGGUUUUGGCAAGAACUUUAUCAAAUCUCAAAAGCUAAGUCCAGACAGUUUCAUCCAAAUGGCCAUUCAGCUCGCAUUCUACAGAAUUCAUGGUGAACCCGGCGCCCAUUAUGAGUCUGCUUCAACAAGGAAGUUCUUCCUCGGUCGCACAGAGACAAUCCGCUCCUGUUCCAUUGAAUCUGUUGCCUUUGCCAAAGCCAUGCUUGAUGAGGAUUGUCCAAUUACUGAAAAGACAAGAACUCUUCGUGCUGCAAUUGAAGCACACAAACAAUAUGUAAAGGUUGUAAGUAUCUUUCUCUGAUGAUUAAAAGAAACU